UCAGCUUCACUGAGUUCACCAAACUGUUUGCGUACCAGUCUGUCCUCAACACUGCGCGCCUGUCCAAACUGGGAUCGCAGAUCUCGGAGCGGUGGAUUUUAUUAGUCGGACGCUGUAGGGCACAAUUCACCUCCGUGGACGCGCUCCCCUGCAUGUUUUGUUUUAUUUUAAUACUUCCACCCAACAGUCCCAGGUCUCUCAAACAGGCUGUUCAGUGACAUUUUCGCAGGGAAGCAGCUCGCAGCCACAGCCAGAGGUUUCUGCACCGAGCUGCGUUACGAGGCUGGCUGCUUUCCGUCUCCUUUGAAGCCCACACACCUUGUCCACAGCGCUGCUCCCCACAGCUCCUGCGGGAUAACGGCAGUGUUGCAGUCCCUCCCACAGGACAAGAUCCUCCACACGUCUAUUAGAAAUACGGGCUCCUUGUCAGCCUCCACUGCAUCAGGGGAAGAGAUCAGUGUUUGAUUAAAAAAAAAUCCACAGCGGGCUCCAGCCUCUACCUGGGGAAACUUGGGGGAAGGGCCGGCUAAUGAUCACUCUCCUGCCAGGAUCACAAGCCUCCGAGAUACCAACGCUUGUGUUUCACUCCGGCUUGUUAAAGAGAAGAAACUGAAAAUCUUUAGAGCUUAUAAACUAGUAGCGGAGAAGGCGAGGGUCAUCCGUCUAUUCGCACUGGUGUGGUUACGUUAUGUUAUCUCACCUGAGGUUAAGCCAUAUAAAGUCCUCUUGUGUGAUACAGCCCAUGAAAACGGGAGGGGAGAGAAAACCGAGAGAAGUCAUCAGCUUCAUCUGAACAAAGACGAGGCACAAACAGAUACACAUGGGGCAGGGAGAAGCUUCAGCACGAGGGACAACCAUGGAGGGGGACUGUCUCAGCUGCAUCAAGUACCUCAUGUUUGUCUUCAAUUUCCUCAUCUUUCUAGGGGGCUCUUUCCUCCUGGGAGUGGGGGUGUGGGUACUUGUGGACCCCACAGGGUUCAGGGAAAUUGUAGCAGCCAACCCCCUGUUAUUCACCGGUGUCUACAUCAUCCUGGGCAUGGGCGGCAUGCUCUUUCUUCUGGGCUUCCUGGGCUGCUGUGGAGCCAUCCGUGAAAACAAGUGUCUGCUCCUCUUUUUCUUCAUGCUCAUCCUCCUCAUCUUCUUAGCAGAGCUAGCUGCUGCCAUCCUGGCCUUCAUAUUCCGGGAACAUCUGACCAGAGAGUACUUCACCAAGGAGCUGAAGAGACAUUAUCAGGGCUACAACAACACUGACGUCUUCACCUCCACAUGGAAUGCCAUCAUGACUACAUUUGACUGCUGUGGGGUGAACAGCCCAGAGGAUUUUAAGGACAGCCUGUUCAAGCUGAUCAACCCAAAUCAUAUGGUGCCAGAAGCCUGCUGCCAGCGUGCCAGUCAGGCUGGGGAGUUGGCCUAUAUCAGCCAGGAGCAGUGCCUAUCAGGCAGUAUGAUGUUCCGCAAUAACAAGGGCUGUUACUCUGCAGUAGUUGACUACUUUGAGCUGUACAUCUAUGUGGCUGGAGCACUCGCCAUUGUGGUGCUGACCAUUGAGCUCUUCGCCAUGGUCUUCGCAAUGUGUCUCUUCAGGGGAAUCCAGUAGAGCUGCUCCAUGUGUGAACUUCUUUUUUUAAAAAAGGGAUUUCAGGAGAUAAGACUAAAACAGACACUUGUAAAUUUGUUGAUCUUUUUUUCUAUUGGCUAAUAGGUAGAAAAACAAACUCUUGUACUUCACAGCUGGACUUUUGAGGUACUGGGUGGCAAAAAACACACACACACACACAUACACAGACACACAAACCGUAGAGAAAAUGGGAGAUCAGAGACCAAACUGAUGUAAAAAGAGCUGUGUGUAAAGUGGAAACAGUAAUUUGUGGACCAGGUCUAGCACAGACUGGGUGUAAAGUGGACCGGGCAUGAGGACCAGGUGAAGCCUGAGCAGAAGGCACUGCACUGACUUUUGGAUGAAGAAUAUUUAUAUUAAGUAAAGUUGGCUUAACUGUAAAAAAUGUGUUUUAUGUACACUUUGGCUGUUACCCUUUUCCCCUUACUUACUGUAUACUGUAACACACUCCCUCCCUCCCUCCACAUGCCUUUUUUUUUACAGCCACUCUUCUUUAAUGCUGUAUUAUAUAAGCUCUGUGUAAGUGUGAGUGUGUGUGUGUGUGUGUGUGUGUGUGUGUGUGUGCGCGUGUGUGUGUGUGUAGAUACUGAAUGCUCUUUCUGAAUGUGUUUCAACUAGUUUGUGAGCAUGUGAGCUUGUGGUUCUUCAUGACCCCUCCCAAGCUUGAAAGCCGACUUCUGAUACUUUUUCUAAUCGUAUGGUGAUGUUUAUUGCAGUAGUGGUCAUAUGUGGUUUUAGGUGGUGAAAUGUAUGUUUAUGCAUUUGUAUUAGAUUCUUGAAAAGUCAAUGACAUAAAUGGCAUUCUAAAUGAC